AACACAAAUUAACUCCUUAAACCCCUUCAAAUUCUUCCUCAAAAACCCUUCAAAUUCAUACAUAAAAAUGUUGACUCCAUUGAUAUCUGAAAAUCCAAAAAUAGAAGACCAAAAGGAACGGAGCAAUAUUCAAAAAAAUCAUCUAACUCUUGCAAUUUCAGAGGCUAAAUGCAUAACCAAUAUUGCACUUCCAAUGAUAUUUACAGGGCUAAUUCUUUACUCACGUUCAAUUAUUUCCAUGAUUUUUCUUGGUCAUCUAGGGGAACUUUCUUUAGCUGGUGGUUCACUUGCAAUUGGAUUUGCAAAUAUAACCGGUUAUUCAAUUCUUUCAGGCCUAGCCAUGGGAAUGGAACCAAUUUGUGGACAAGCUUUUGGUGCAAAAAGAUUCAAGAUUUUAGGCCUUACAUUACAGAGGACUAUUCUUUUGCUAUUUUUAACCUCAAUUCCCAUUUCAUUCUUGUGGCUAUACAUGAAAAGAAUCUUGGUAUUUUGUGGCCAGGAUCAUGAAAUUGCAUCAGAAGCACAAUAUUACAUUCUUUUUUCACUCCCUGAUCUUCUUGCUCAGUCUUUUUUACACCCCCUGAGGAUUUAUCUUCGUUCACAAUCCAUCACAUUGCCUCUAACUUAUUGUGCUAUUUUUGCAAUUCUUCUUCAUAUCCCAAUUAAUUAUUUCUUAAUCAAAGUUCUUAAUCUUGGGAUUAAAGGUGUUGCCAUAAGUGGGGUUUGGACAAAUUUCAAUCUUGUUGGCUCAUUAAUUCUUUAUAUUAUUUUUUCUAAGAUUUACAAGAAAACUUGGAGUGGAAUUUCUUCAGAGUGUUUUAGGGGAUGGAAAUCACUUCUUGAUUUAGCAAUUCCAAGUUGUAUUAGUGUUUGUUUAGAGUGGUGGUGGUAUGAAAUUAUGAUUUUAUUAUGUGGCCUUUUAAUUAAUCCUCAAGCAACAGUUGCAUCUAUGGGAAUUUUAAUUCAAACAACAGCUUUGAUAUACAUUUUCCCAUCAUCCUUGAGCUUUGGUGUAUCAACAAGAGUUGGAAAUGAAUUAGGGGCUAAUCGUCCAAAUCGCGCGAAAUUAGCAGCUAUAAUUGGACUAUGUACAAGUUUCAUUUUGGGAAUUUCAGCAUUGUUUUUUGCUACUAUGGUAAGGAAUGUUUGGGCAAAAAUGUUCACUCAAGACCAAGAAAUUGUCAAAUUAACUGCCAUGGUUUUGCCAAUUAUAGGACUAUGUGAACUUGGAAACUGUCCACAAACAACAGGUUGUGGUGUGUUAAGAGGAACAGCAAGGCCUAAAUUAGGUGCUAAUGUUAAUCUAGGAUGUUUUUAUCUUGUUGGAAUGCCAGUUGCUGUUUGGUUAGGAUUUUUUAUGGGGUUUGAUUUUAAAGGAUUAUGGCUUGGAUUAUUAGCUGCACAGGGUUCAUGUGCUGUGACUAUGAUGCUGAUUAUAUUGGUUGAGACUAAUUGGGAAGAUCAAGCAAGAAGAGCAAAAGAACUUACUGAAAUUAUCAAUGGUGAUUAUGAUAAUCAAGAUGAGAGGUUCAUUGAUGAAAAGACAGAAGAUUAUUUGGAAUCAUCGGAUUAUCAGAAGUUAGAGAAUUCAGCUGUUUGAUUUAUUUAUUUUCUUUUAAUUCUUUGGGGAUUAUUGAUUCUUUCCUCUCUCUCUUUUUUUUUUUUUUUUUUUUUUUUGCAUUCUAUUUCUUCUUGUUGUACACUAGUAGAACUAGCUUCGACGUGCCUAAAAUUAAAUUAGUUUCUUUUUCUUUCUUCAAAUGUAAUUAAGCACGUAGAAAGUCCUUUUUCUUUUUUCAUUGUUUUUUCCCUUAAAUAGAGAUUUUUGUACUUUUUGUGGCAUAAUUAAUUAGUGAAAGUCGGCAUUGUUUAUGACAUUAAUCUAGCAGUCUAUAGAUUCUACAAAUUUUAUCAGCAUGCUUUGCGUUCUCUCCUUUCAAACAAAAAUAUUAGACUUCUAUAGUCAACUAUUUUUUUAUGGUAAUAGUGUUCGGAUCGACUUAUACUUUUUCCCUUCUUUAAGCUCACUCAAAUUAAUUGAUGAAAUCCGG